AUGGCAAUUAAUAAUUAAGUGUAUGAAGCCCUUAAGAAGUGCUCUGAGAAUGGAGAUGCAGUCAUUGAAGCAGAUUUAAACUUUUUCUACCCAGAUGCCGAAUCUGAUAAACUAUCUGCCAUCAAGCAGCUAGUUAUGUCUUUCGGCGUAGAUGAGGAGAUUAAGGCAAGAAUACUUUCACAGCUGAUCCUGCAUAAAUACCCCAAUUGCUGGGAGAGCUAUCUCGAACUAGUCGUAGAGUUACUUCAAAAGUAAUCCAGAUUUCUUUAUAUAUUUUUCAUUAGUGAUAAUUUCAUAAAAAUUGAUCUUGGAAUAAAGACUCUUUUAAACUUAUUAAAUCUGAUAGAUGAUGAGAAGGCUAUGAGGCAAUUCCACAUUUUCGUGCCCAAGAUUCUUCCACAUCUUUAUACAGCCUUUACCAACAGUGAGACAGACGCUCAUGGAAGAGAUUAAAUAUUAGAUACAUUCUAUUUAUGUCUCAGGACUAUUUCCUGGGCAGAUGGUAUUGAUAACGAAAUGGUGGCUGGCUGUUUAAAUGAGACAUUCAAUACCUGGAUGGCUCUCCUGAAAUAGAUUAUAAAGACCAAUCCUAAAGCAUUCUUCGAUGUAAAGAAAAAUGCAUUGAAAUGCUUGACUGUAAUCUUUAGAGAUUUCAUCAACUAUUCAAGGGAUUGUAUCAAUACCAUUCUUGAGCCUUCCUGGUAAUUGCUAAAUUUCCAUCUGCCAAUUUUCACAGAGGUACUUGGUUACAAUCAAAGUCUUAAGGAUUUACAAGGAGAUGAUCAAGACGUUGAAGAGUAUUAAAGAGGGUAUGAAAGUGAUGACGAAGAGGAGUAAUUUGGAGUCGAGGGUAUGACUCUGUAGCUGAUUGAAUUAUUGACCACACUUAUUUCAAGAUAGAAUGUUCAGGAGGUUGUUAAAUAAGGCAUUGUUCCUUUGAUAACAACUAUAAGCAGUUAUAUGAUUAUUCCACAUUCAAAAGAAAGGUACCAUGUUGGGGAUUACCACCACUUUAUCCACGAAAAGGAUGAAGAUUUUUACAAAUAAAGAUCAAUCCGAAAUUCAUGUUUAGACUUGGUCUCUUCACUAAUAGAGGUUUUUGGAGAUCUUGCAGUCGAAUCUAUUCUAUUUGUAGUGGAAAACCUUUUCCUCACGACUUCAGCCAGUUAAUCAUCACCUACAAAAAUUAAGGGUAACAUGGCUUAGACUAUUGAAGAAAUAAAUAUUUAUGACUAUACCUAUAGCUCUGCCCAUCCUAAGCAUUUCUGGAAAAAGAGAGAAGUUGCAUUGUUUUUAAUUGGCAGCUUUGCUGAGGAUAUUUCUAUGUUUAGAUAAAGAAAUCCAUAAUAUAAUCUCAGAGUCUUGAUUGAAGAGGUUAUGAAAACAAACUUUGAUAAAUGUCUAAUUAAGAGCUAUCUUAAAGGAAGGACUCUUUAAUGUGCAUCUCAAUUGGUUGAGAUUAUGCCAAGAGAUUAUGAAGAAAUUCAUUCUAACAUCCUCGAAAUGUCUAUUAAAUUCCUUAUAGAUUAGAAAUUGAUAUCUAUCAAAUUGGUUGCGACAAGAUGUCUUAUUAAAUUUGCACGAAAACUAAAGUCGGAUCUUCUGAUGAUUUUGAUCAAAGAUAAAUUUGAAAACAUAUUAGAUUAACUGACAGGUCUACUUGAUACCACCUCCCUCGAAACAAUUUAUCUUCCAAUUGAAGCAUUUACGCAAUUUUCUAAAUUAAAUGAGGAUAUUGUUGCUUAAAUGGCACCCAAGAUCACUCCAAAGCUACUCAGAUUCUUCAAGAACUAUCAUAGUGAGGGAGCACUGGCUGGUGAACUCCUUAAUCUCUUCAAGAUCUGGUGCAACUAUGAUACCUGCAGAGACAUUUUCGUAAACACUUUUAUCCCAUUCAUUAUGGAGAUCAUUGAUAACUAUUACUAAAACACUCCUAACGUUGACAAUAAGGACUAACUCCUUGUUCCUCAAAAUCUUGUAGACCUCUCGGCAGAUAAGUCGUAGUCAAACGCUGACUAAAAAUCAUAAUAGAUUGUCGAUUCUUCCAUCCUUCAACAUGUUAUAGACUUACUAUGUACCCUCUUAAGAAAAACAAAGGACAAAAAAUCCUCAGAUUUUAUCAAGAUCAUUGAGAUUUUCCCAAAGCUGUUAGAGUAUAUAAAUAAGAGUGAGGACAUGUUCCUCUUACUUCACGGUACUUCUGCACUUAGAACAUUUAUCCACUUGGGUCAUCAAGAAAUAUUGAAAGUCGUUCAACCUAAAGAAAUAAUUGAAGUAGCAAAGAAAUUGCUCUCACCAACAACUAAUGAGCAAGCAGCUCUUUGCCUUGGAAACUAUGUGAUUCAGAUUUUCCACAAGAUUCAACCAUAAAUUGAUACAAACUUGCUAAUGAACGUAGUAUGGAAGAUUUACAAAUCUAGAAUGCCCUCAAUAGUUCAGUCACUUAUUUUGAUAUUUGCAAGAUUGAUUCAUUCCCAUCCAAAAGAAAUCGUAGAGUUCCUUUCUGAGACAUCAAUUGACAACAGAAUCUCUCUCAAGAUUGUCCUUGAUAAAUGGCUUCUUCAGCAGCCCUUAUUCCGAGGUUACUAUACUAAGAAUGUGACAUUCUCAGCACUUUUAAAACUCUUCAUUCAGAGAGAUCCUAGAAUUGAGAGUUUAAUGGUAAUUGGAUACAACCCAUCUCACUCCAAUGUUAACUCUGAGAUAAAUGCUCCAUUCAAGAUACUCUCCAUACUACUGAGAUACUUGGAUAAUGAGAUGUCACCCAAGAAAGGUAAAAGACCAAUCCCAUAAAACUAUGAAGCAGGAGAUGAUGAUGAAGAAGAGAAAUCGAGUGGUAUUACACCUGGAUAUAAACUUAGAAGAGAUCUCUUAGGUGAGGGAGAAAGAUUAGAUACUGUUGAGGGUGAUGAUGAUAAUGCUGACUUUGAUGAUAGACAUGAGGCUUAAACAGAUAAAAUUGAAGUCAACCUUGACGAUGUUUAAGAUGAUGAUGAUAACGAGAGCUUAUUAGGAUCAAAGAAUAAUUCAAGCUUAUUACAAGGUGGAAACCUAUUUACUAUUAAAGAAAGCACUGAUAGAGGUCUAGCUGAUAUGGAGACUGGUUCAGAGGUGUACAUGUCAGAACUGCUUGCAGGCUUUGACAUGGAAGAUUUCGAUGAGGCUGAGGAAUAAAACGAGGAAGAUCUUAUUGAACUUGGAGAUUCAUUCGGUAGUAUAAAUCUUAGAAGCCACAUCCAAGACACUCUGAAUGAUUUUAUGAAGGCAGACAAGGCUGGUGGAGAGUAUUUGUUGUAUUGUGUUCGUCAGCUUUUGCACGAUGACCUAGACCUAGCUAAAAAAUAUCUGAAAUUAGGAGGAAAGCAAUGA